AUGUCAGGCCGCGGCGGUAGAGGAGGCAGAGGGGGCCGCGGCGGCGGACGUGGUGGGAAACCAGCGCCCCCUGGCAUGCCAUUCGGUGACGACCCGUCACUCAUAGUCAAUGACGAGCCUCAAGACACCUACCCAAAAUCCUACAAGCCGCCCGCCGCGCCUCCGCUUACCCCCUUGGAGGAACGCUCUGGCGGCUGCUUCGUCCAGUUUCGCCUGGCCUACCACAACUCACCCAUGUACACACACCGUCACCUGAACGCUGACGCUCUAUCCACCAAAGACCCCGUAAUGCCCAGGUACGGCCAGGCCCAGAUCAAUGAGCGCUUCGGCAUCAAGAAUCGCGCCACCGUCGAUCCCUUCCUCGCCGUGCCCAUGUACAGCCACCAGUUCGUAGAUGAUACACGGACGCUUCCCGCACUCAGGGGUGCUCGCUUAUAUCGGAAGGACCUCUUUCCUCAGGAGCUGUGGGGAACAUUAGGCGGCAAAGACACAGGUGGACCGAAGGGCGGAUUCGAAGUCGAGGGAAAGCCGAAACUGGGCAGGAAGCGGAAGGCGCUAGCAGACGAUGACUAUCCAUUCGCCGAUGACGACGACGAAGCCUUUGGUCCAGGUCACUACAAGCGCCGCGAAAACGAGACCGAAGAGGAACGCAAGGCGCGGAUAGACGGCGCUGGCAAGGGCGGGGAGAACGAAGAGGGCGAACCCGGCGAAGUCGAUCUUGAUGAGGAGGAAGAGGAGCUGUCUGCCGAGGACGAUGACUACGAAGACGACGAGGAUGGCGGCGACUACGACGCCGAGGCAUACUUCGACGAUGGCGAAGAUGAGGAUUAUGGCGAAGAAGAAGGAAUUGGCGAGUCAGCCAUGGAUUUCUGA